UGUCUACCGUGGCCUGGUUUUAGUGCCCUGUGUCCUCAUUGAUGGUGAUAUAGCCUACAGACUCCUUCUGGAGGUUUGAACUCACAGUCUGGGUUGCAUUCUCCAGUCAGGAAGCACGAGCUGAGCCUGGGCCUGUCUUCUCAUUUCGCCAAGUUCCCAAGCAUAAUAGAAAUGGAGAAAAGCAAAAAGGCCCGCAAGAGGCAGAUCCCCUCCAGAUUGGUGGGAAAGGAGCCCUCUGUGUGUGCCAGCUGCCCUGUGGCCAGACCCAAGAGCCCAGCUGCCACCUUGGCUUGUCCCAGCUCUGACUUCAAAACCACAGCCACCAAUAUCUCUCGUGGACUUGGCCUGCCACAGACUGAAGUCAAACUGGAGUUUCCGUGCAGCGAAGAAAAUGCUGGCAGUGGCCACAGGAGGAAAGUCGGAUCCCUGGGCUCCCAAAAGAAACGUGAAAGGCACUUGUCUCUGCAGAGGAGCAGCUCCUGGCCCCCACCCAGUGGUACAUUGGUCCCUUCAUCUGACUCGGGCCAAGUUUUCCAGGAGAAGCAGGUAGAAACUGCCUUUGGCCUACCUUCCUCCUGUGGGAAGAGGAAAACCCACCCCAUGAGGAGGCCUGGUCUUCACCCCGCCACUUCCCAGGCAAAGUGCCAGGCCAGCUCUGAGCAGAAUAAACCAAAGACAAACUCUGGAAUUCAGGGCCUCAGACUUGUGCCUGGGCAGGAGCCUCACACACAGCCCGAGAAGAGGAAGGUGUCCAAGCGGAAGGCAUGUGGGUGCACAGAGGAAGGAGAGCCGGCAGGACGGAAGGCUAGGUCCUUGUUGGGUGGUGCUAGAGCUGCCCCCUCUACCCCAGCCCUGAUUCAGCCCCAACCCCCCUCCCUGCAAAUGACCAGUCCUGAAAGGUUGGAGGCAAACCAAUCGAGAGAGAAUGAGGAGGCGGUGCCAGCUGACCUCACUGUGCAUCUGGCCAGAGAGGCGAGGCAACACCCCAAGAAGGGGAAGAAAAAGCGUUCUCAUUCUGCAGUAAAGAAGAAGUUGGGGCCCCAGCUGAACCUUCAGGAGACCCCCUGCUUGAAAAAGUUGGUUAAAGCUAAGAAAACAGAAAAUCAGGGCUUGAAUUCUUCCCCGCAUUCCGCAGGCCUUCUGCGUGCCACAGGUCUGACAGCCGUGUCCGACAUCAGACAGUUCUUCACCAUUGAUUUAAAGAACAGCUGCCGAGUCCUCUGUACCUUGUGUCACGUCAGUGUCAGACUGUGCAAAACUGAGGGGCAGUCCCAAGCCUCAGGCCUCGUCCAUCACCUGGCCAGCCAGCAUGGGCUAGAGUGGGAGAGAGGGCUAGCUACCAGCAGCCCUGGCAAGGGGGUAGAGGACAUGGAACAGGCACAGCUACAGGCCUUGCCCGUGGAUGCUGCCAGUUUUGCCUCAAGGGGACAACUGGUGCCCAUACACCACCCAGACACUGUGUUCUUGGGACAACGUGGCAGAGAGCCAGACCUGGACGGACCUGACCAGCCACUUUUGUCCUCAUCGCCCCUGCCUGCUUUCCCUGUUGCAGUCAAGGACAGGCCUAAUGACACAAAUGCCCCCGAACAACCCCACACGGAGACCUGGAACCACAGCAUCACAGAGCUGCUGUGCAGCCUGGCCUUGCCCUUCUCCUUUGUUUCCUCCAAACCCUUUAAGAGGUUCAUGACGCAAGUGGACCCUCGCUACCACCUGCCCUCCCCAGCAUUCUUCUGCGACAAAGCCUUGCCCCUGCUCCACGAGGCUGUGGGUGAGCAAGUGCUUCAGGAGAUGCAGUGGGCAGAGGAGGGCCAUGUUCACCUCACAGCCUCUACGUUGACCCACGACUCCAUGGUGAACUAUAUGGCCGUCAGUGCCCACUGGGUGGUGGCACAGUCAGGCAGCAAGCUUGGGGCAUCGGGGAGCCUGAGGAAGAAAGCCCUGCUCUGGAUCCGAGGCCUGGAAAGAGCGACAGAGGACAGGCAGCCCGAGCUGCUGGAUCAGAUUAACCUGUGGUUGGGCCGUGGCUCCCUAAGAGCAGGUUUCCUGGUGUCUGGUGGCUGCCCUGCCCUGGACCUGGCCCUGCAGGCUGAGGGCUACACCCUCAUCCCUUGUUUUGCCCACUGCCUUGACUCAGUGGUGAGCAACUUUCUGUGUCACCAUCAUAGCGUCCAGAUCAUCCUGGGCACAGCCAGGGCCAUCUACAGCCAUUUCCAAGGCUCCGCAGAGGCCCGGAAUCUCCUCAGCCAGCUCCAGCACCAGUGUGGCCUCCCAGCCCAGCAGCCCUUCGAGGAGCUCUCAGACCACUGGAGCUCAGCCUACCACCUCAUGGAGUGGCUGGUGGAGCAGCAGCAGGCCCUGCAGGAGUACUCGGAGAAACAGCAGCCAGGCAAGGCCAGCACUGCCCUCUCAGCCAUGUUUUGGAGCCUGGCAGACAGUCUGGUCAAGCUCCUGCAGCCCUUCCAGAUGGUGAUCCGUGAGGCCAGCACAGAUCAGGCCUCUUUAAGCCAGGUGUUGCCCCAGGUGCGCUAUCUGCACAUCUUCCUAGAACAGGUGCAUCGGCACUUCCAGAAGCAGGGAGUUGGGGAGGUGGGUGCGGCCUUGCGGCUGGCCGAGGGCUUGGCCUUGCAGCUUUCCACAGAUUGUCAGCUCAACGAUCUCUUCUACCGAGAGGAAUUCGUGCUGGCCACGUUGCUGGAUCCCCGGUUUAAGGGCAAGGUUGAGGCCAUCCUGCCCGUAGGGGCUGACAUUGAUCACUGGAAACAAGUCCUUGUGUACAAGGUGAAGGAAAUUAUGGUUUCCCAGUAUUCCCUGCCCACCUCAGGCUCCCUGCAGCGCGCCAGGGGCUCUCGAGUGAGCACCAACAAAGUAGCCAAGGGUCCGCGACCCCAGAAGAAGGGCCAGAAGGAGCUUCUGCAGAAAAGCAGCGAGUCUGGCUCUUUCCUGGUCAUCCAGAGGGAGAAGACCUUGCUGGAGCAGCUGGAAAGCGUGGGACUGAUGGCUUCAGAAAGCAGCGGGGCCUCGCUGUCCACUGAGAAUCACAUAGCCAGCGUCAUUGUCAGCCGGUACCUGCGAGAGAACGAGACCAUCGGGGCUCAGGAGGACCCACUGUAUUACUGGGAGAAGAAACGUAAAACCUGGCCAGCCCUGGCCCAGCUGGCCACAGUCUAUCUGUCUUGCCCGCCCACAAGAGCCUUCUCUGAAAGUGUCUUUGGUGCCCUGAACAGCCCCAUCAUCACAGAAAAGGGCUCCCCGCUCAAAGUGGAGACUGUGGAGCAGCUCCUCUUCCUCAACACCAACCUGGAGAGCUUUCCCAACUACACCCCACCACCCCUCAACUGCUCCAGUACUGACCCUGCUGAGCAGGAGCAGGCCCUAUAGCCUAUCUGCUGUGCUGGGGUGGGCAGACUUGGGUGUGUGCUAGUAGGUUCCAGGAGCUCAGGAGCUUGAAGGUGUCUCAGUAGUCUGCUGACCUCAAAACCUCAGGGAACCCUGCAGCCGAAAAGGGCAGAGGACAUCUGUUUAAGCCUGUGCAGUAAGGAUGGGGACAGCUUCUUGGUUCUUGACAGGUUGUUAUAUUCUUUUCUGAAGUCAUCUUCCAGGCCUGUGUUGAUCCAGUUAUGUUCAGCAGUAUGCAUGGAAGGGCUAACAUGCCAGACACAGUCAUGUACACCUGUAAUCCCAGUGACUCAGGAGUCUGAGGCAGGAGGAUUGCAAGUUUGAGGUCAGCCUCAGCUACUUAGUGAGACCCUGUCUCGAAAUUAAAAAAGGGCUAGGGAUAUGGCUCAUUGGUAGAGUAUCCCUGAGUCCAAUCCUCAGUUCUGGAAAAAAGAAGUGGGUAGGCUUUCCUAAACAGUUAUCAGGGCCCAGAGGUAGGGUAUGAAUUCAGCAUCUCACACACACACACACACACACACACAAACACACUAACACACUCCUGCAGCUCUCCUGAGGCUCCUUUCAUUGUAGGAAGGAACCUCAAGGUAGAGUCGCUGUCUCAGGAGGCAGGUGCCUACACUGCAUGUGCACAAUAAGCACCAGAUUUGGGAAUCCCAGAGUGGCCAGAGAGUACUCCCGAGGGUGGAACUAACCAGCUUGCACCAAGAACUGAGCUCCCCCAGUCCUCAACAGGUCAUUCUUGCUGAUACAUGACCGAGUCUACAUUCCACCCUUCCCUGGCCACUUGUGUCCUGCAGAUCCCUUAUUUAAAAGAGAAAGGUAUGUGUGAAGCCCGCUAAUAACAGAUUGCCCAGACUUCUUGUAGGACCAAAUAUAGGACCUGAGGAUUGGGAUCCAGGAACCCAGUGGGGUUGGACAGAAGAGUUCUGGGCAAGGUGGACACUAAGAUGGGUUGGAAGAAAAAAGGUGCACACUCAAAACCAUCCCCUCGCUGGACUGCCAGCUGUGGAAGCCUGUCCAGUGGCCUUUCCUGGA